UUUUUGCCGCCGUUUCUCACCGAAAACUGCAUCAAAUUCUCUAGCCGUUCUACGCAAAAUCGAGCGCAUUGACAAUGGCGGAACGUGGUGGUGAUCGCGGCGAUUUCGGACGUGGAUUCGGCGGUCGCGGCGGUGGAAGAGGUGGUCCGAGAGGCCGUGGUCGCCGUGCAGGUCGUGAUCCAGAGGAGGAGAAAUGGGUGCCAGUGACUAAGCUUGGUCGUCUUGUAAAGGAAGGUAAGAUCAAACAGCUUGAGCAGAUCUACCUACAUUCUCUUCCAGUGAAGGAGUACCAGAUCAUAGAUUUACUCGUCGGCCCUUCAUUGAAAGACGAAGUGAUGAAAAUCAUGCCGGUUCAAAAACAAACCAGAGCCGGUCAGAGAACGAGAUUCAAGGCCUUCGUCGUCGUUGGAGAUAGUAACGGUCACGUUGGAUUAGGAGUGAAAUGCUCCAAGGAAGUUGCGACGGCGAUCAGAGGCGCGAUUAUCCUUGCGAAAUUGUCUGUGGUUCCGAUUCGAAGAGGUUAUUGGGGUAACAAGAUCGGAAAACCACAUACGGUUCCGUGUAAAGUAACUGGAAAAUGUGGAUCUGUUACCGUACGUAUGGUUCCAGCUCCAAGAGGUUCUGGUAUUGUGGCGGCUAGAGUUCCUAAGAAGGUUCUUCAAUUCGCCGGAAUUGAUGAUGUCUUCACUUCUUCUAGAGGAUCCACGAAAACACUUGGAAACUUCGUUAAGGCAACAUUUGAUUGUCUUCAAAAGACUUACGGAUUCCUUACACCGGAAUUCUGGAAAGAGACGAGAUUCUCAAAAUCACCAUACCAAGAGCACACUGAUUACUUGCUUACGCCUCCUGGCGUCAAGAUCAGGGAGGUUGUAGACAAAAGCGUAGUAGAGUAAUACCACUUUAUCUUGUUACAUGAGAUUUAAAGUGUUAUCAAAAGCUUUGUUCGGUUAUAAUGUCUUUAGUAAUUUAGAUAUUUGUUUGACACUUUGAAUUCAAGCA